ACUUAUUUACAGUCACUACCUCGACCACUGAUUGGUGUUAGGCAUCGUGUUGCCCUAAACAUAGUGCACCUGCACGUCAUCGUUGGCCCUCCCAUCUCAAAUCUGGAGGGUCAUUUUGCCUUGCGGGGUGUAGUCAACAGUCUUUUGCUGGCACACGGAAUACAACCAACAUCUAUGACUGUAUUUCUCCUCUUACGCAGCUUACGAUACACCAAGAAAUGCGGGACAUUCGCUAAAGCCUUCUUGGACUCUUGGAAGAAACGGUGGGGUGCUAAAAUGGAGUCUAGUAUGGUUAGGAGACGUGUUGCCAUCCUAGCUCUCAAGGAAGGCCGCUUUGACAUUGUUGAUGAAAUGAUGGCGAGCGAAAAACAGAGGAAACAUUUGGAGAGCUUAUGGUAUACAGAGAUGGAGGUAGUUGGUGGAGGACUACCGCAACUAAGGCCUCCGAGAAGACUAAGGUUAAGGAAAUAUGCCCACAAGGGAACCGAGAACCGCAGGUGGACGAAGCUAAAACAAAGAAUUGAUCGUGUAGCUGGUGAGGAGGAGGCUGCAGCAAGGGAGAGAGCAGGCGGCGGCCCGAGACUCCCCAUCCAGUCUGACCAGGUCAGAGCAUGUAGCAAUGAGCAAAGGCACUUCACAGUGAGGAGAAUUUAAUUGCUCCGAAAUGUUUGUCAAAAUGCGUUGGAAAUUUUGAUAUUUGGAUCAACAUUUGAACUACCUUACAUUACAAAUUUCAUUUGCUAUGGAUAUAUAAUAAAUAUAAUACUUAUUUCCUUAAUGGGUUAAACUAG